AUGCUUCUCUCCAACAUCGUCUUCGGAGCCGUUCCAGCCAUGCUGCAGCGCGAUUCCAACAUUUGCAGGGAGAAAGCUCCGUCGUCCAAAAUGCCCCUCGAGCGUCGGAGUCUCGAUGUUAACUCGGUGAAUUGCCAUCCCGAGUGGGUCCCUGAAAAGUUGGCCUUGGGAGAUCGUAUUCCAGAGGGCAUUGAUUACCUCCGAAAGACCCCAAAUGGCAAACCAGCUCUCGGUCCUGGUGCAGGAAAUUGCGACCGGGUCAGCUGCUCAUGGAAUUCAGCCAUUUUCUGGUGCAACGAGGGUUCUGAGACAAAGGAGCUCGAUAGCUAUGGCACCAUUGCCGAUGCCGCUCAGAUCAUCCAGGAAGAGUGCAAGCUUGGCGAAGGGGAUUAUAUUCUGGGCCAGGUCUUUAUGAAGAACCAGUGGAGUGUCGUUGUUCAGAAGGAUGAUUGCUGA